CCUCGCUCGACACCGUAUGAUUUUUGUGUCAAUGCCAUGAACAAGGGAAACUGUGUGCACUGUCAUUCAUAAGGGAAAUACCGGCUUGGUAAAUGGCGAAGACUUACGAUUACCUUUUCAAACUCUUGCUAAUAGGAGACAGCGGAGUGGGAAAGACAUGUCUGCUGUUCAGAUUCAGCGAGGACGCGUUUAACACCACCUUCAUCUCCACUAUCGGAAUCGAUUUCAAAAUCAGAACUAUCGAGCUAAAUGGGAAGAAAAUCAAGCUGCAGAUAUGGGACACAGCAGGACAGGAAAGAUUUAGGACGAUCACCACGGCGUACUACAGAGGUGCUAUGGGGAUUAUGUUGGUAUAUGACAUCACCAGCGAAAAGUCAUUUGAAAACAUUAAAAACUGGAUACGCAACAUUGAGGAGCAUGCGUCAUCUGAUGUAGAGAAGAUGAUCCUCGGAAACAAAUGUGACAUGAACGACAGGAGACAGGUGUCCAAAGAGAGAGGAGAGAAAUUGGCAAUUGAUUAUGGGAUCAAGUUUUUGGAAACAAGUGCCAAAACCAGCAUAAAUGUCGAAGAGGCCUUUUUCACCCUUGCCAGAGACAUUAUGGCUCGACUUAACAGGAAAAUGAAUGACGGUGGUCAAGCAGAUAGUGGAGGGCCGGUGAAGAUUUCAGAGAAGCGCUCCAAAAAGCACAGCAUCUUCAAGUGCGCUCUGCUGUAACUCUUUUACGUCAAGUGGAUGCAGUACGUUCACUCGCUGUGUCUUUGCGGCAGCCAGAAAUGCUCUGCUGGUAUAACAUAUCACAUGAGCCCCUGCAAAGAGCUGGACUAUCAGGCUCAAGAACGGAUGAAGGUUCGUGUUUCCAAGCCCUUAAAGUCAAGAUGGGAUAGAGGAAUGAUUCAGCUUUGGACGAUUUAGUCGGUGGUAGAGUCACAAUAGGAAAUGUUUCCUUUGUUGUGUGGUGAUAAUCGUGAUGAUUGUGUCAAAAGAUAAUGGAUCAAAUAUGAAUGGUUUUGUUUUGAAAUGUUUUUGUAAAAUAUGCUUUAUGGACACAGCACACGCUGUCUUAAAACAUUUGCUGCUGAAGGCUUAAAUGUAUCAUGUACAGUAUUUCUGAAUUAGUCAGUGAGUCUGUUUUGUUGUAAUGUGUUCCUGGGUGUCUUUUUACAGCAUAUACACUGUGUUGCACUGGUUUAAAAAAUUUAAUAGAGAAAAUGCAAUUUUUAGAAUGUCGGUGGAUUAAAAGCACUUUAUAUGUGUUUUCAAUGAGCUCUCCUCACAGGCACAUGUCCAUGUAUAGCACAGACAGACAUCAAUCCAUCUGCAGUGCAUGAUGGGUGAAGGAACAUCGUCAGGUCAGGUAUCAAAGGGAACACAACUUACUUGACAAAAUCACAGUCACCCAUUAGGAAGUAUGUGUGUCUGACGCAGCCAAACCUGAGAAACAUCAGUUUUAAAGAAUUAAAGAGAAAUUGUGCCUGUGUUGUAAGAUAGAUCCUUAGCCUUAGGGUGAUAAAAUAUAGGAUUUAUAUUCAAAAUUCAGUCUAGCACUGAUUUGUGAAAAUUUUGUGACUUUUUUGAAUAUGAAAAUGAUCAUUAACUAUUUAAUUAGCAUUUAAAUUCAUGCUUCAGUUUGAAAACAGGCUGCUUUGCCAUGUGACAGCAAGUAUAGACGUCCUUGUGUCAAUGCUACAGUAUGUUUUGUAUUUCGCUAAACAAGAAAGCCACUAAUGCAUGUUUAUGAAAACUCAUUAACAGAAACUGAGCUUCUUUGUAUUCCAACUUGGUAUUUCUUGUUCAUUUUUUUUUAUCAAAAUCAUCCAGUUUACAUUUUUUUUCACCAUAGGCUCUUAAAAGAAACAUACAGUUGCCAAAAAGUGUUUUUCCUGCUGUACUGUCAUUUUGUGUAGUUGUUUUACUCAAAGGAUGCAGGGUGAAUGCAACUGGUUUGAUAAGAACUUUUGUUUUCAACUGUGUGCAUCCUAUUCAAACUGCACUAACAGUUGUGUCAGAAGGAGUAGUACAGAUUACAGCAAUAAAACGUCCCCAUUUGGGAAUUCUCUCUUCCGACUACUUGUGCUGAUACUGGGGACCUUAAUGCCUUGGAACUGUAUCCAUUAAUCUGAGUUGGACUGUUUGAAUCUGGAUACCACCUAGUUUGAAAUAAUGUUUUUGGGAUCAUCAAUUCUCUUCAACAAAUGUAGCAUAUAUCAUGACCACUGAUAUUCAGAUGGGACCAUUGUUAUGCAUGUAUUUUCUUUCAUAUUUGUGACUGUAUGACUGAAUUUCUAAGAGAAAACUUGGUGUUAUUGGACUCUUUAUGCGACCUGCUACCUAAAAAGCUACAAUGUGCUGAUUUAAUCGUGUUAAAACCUUAACAAAGAAAAUGUGAACAAGAAUUUGAAGUGUGGUUUUAUUAAUUGUAGACUUUUAUACUACAUAUAACCAAAGUAAAUACUGUAUAAACAUA